CACGCGAGUAGCCGGACAGCAAGCCGGAUGGUGCGGUGUCCCGCGUUUGUUUACGAGUCUCUAGUUGUUUGAAAUGUCAGAACAAAUUUGUUUGUGACGCUUUUACUCAUGAAAUUGUGCCAGACGGAGGUGAUCUCUGUGAUUAGUGUUCCCACUGUUGUCCACACAGAUGGUAGACUAUCCAUGCUGGUUGCCUGUCGAGCGUAUUCACAAGAACAGGCCCUUUAAACGCAGUUGAAAGGCUUAGCCUAUCUUAGGCAGUGCAUCUGAACAUUUAUAAGCAAGUCCACCGUUAUCAACUAUGUGUCACCGUCAGCAAUCAGUCUAGUAACAUGAGCAAGACAGGGGAAGACCUUGCUGAUGUCCCUGUAAAGUCAGAGGGAGCUCAUGCAAAUGGUACUCAUGAGCCAGUAUGUGACUCCAAGCUUGAUGGUGAACAGUUUGCCAAUGGUCAAGGAGAGGAUUCAGUUGCAGCUGAAGCACUGGACGCCUCUUCUACAUCAUCAAAGCCUUCCAAGGCAGAAGUAAAUGGCACCCAAGAUAUUCUGCGGGAAGGCUCCAGUGAGACUAAGAUGGAAGUGGACCGAGAGCCAUUGAAAUCGGAAGCUGUCAAGGAGGAAGAAAAUGUGGUGGGGAAACCCGAAGCCAGUGAUGAGGUGACUGAAGAGGCAUCUGAAGGCAGGACUAGUAACAAUGAUGGUGAUGCAAACUCUGGUGAAGCAACACCCACCUCUACAUCUCCUCGCAAGGUAAAGAAGAAGAAGAAGGUGACAAAGUUGUCCAUCAUGCAUGCAAUAGCAGCCAGGCUCUCCAAUCAAGGCAAGGCAACUAAAGAGGACCCCAAGGCAGGAACGGAUAAUUCCACUAAACAAGAAAAUGAUGGUCCUAAAGAGGAACAGAAAGUUGCAGUGGAGGCCCCAUCAAAAGAAACUAAAAGUGCUGCAGAGUCCAAGCCUGAAAGCCCUUCAGGACCUCCAGAAAGUGGAACAGCACCGGCAAAGAAGACCAGCAACACCUGUGCUGUUUGCUCUGCCACCAAAGGGCUACGAUAUCAAGUCCUAUACCAGGGCAAGACUCAGUUCUUGUGUUCAGAUGGAUGCUUCAAGGCAUUUCGGAACAAGCAAAAGCUGGCUCCGAAGAAACCAGUAGAGCGCAAGGACCAAUGUGCUGUAUGCCAGAAGGAGAUAGCUGAAGGCAAGGGCUACUUUCCUAUAGCAGGGGAGUGCAAGCCAAUUUGUUCAGAGAAUUGCAUCAAGAAGUACAGUGAACGGCAUGGAAACUGGCGUGUUUGUGCCCAUUGCAGUCACAAACUGGGUGCAGAGGACAACAAGUUCCUCAUCUGGGAAACAAUGGAGUAUUGUGGUGAAGAGUGCCUGAGCAAGUAUCAGACAACCUCUGGAUCCCACUGCUCACAUUGCAAUGCGGUCGUCCCGCAGACGUCCCUUGGAAAAUAUUGUGUCCGUUUUGGCUCUGACAUAAGGCAGUUCUGUUCAGGGAAGUGCCUGGAGGAGUUCAAAAGGGGGCUUAAGGUUUGCUGCCUAUGUCAGAAGGACCUGUCCUCGCAAACAGAAGGAUUCCUGGCGCCUGUCGGUGAGAAGGGCCACUUUAAGGACUUCUGUAGCCAGCAGUGUCUGGAGCGGUACGAGAAAAUCAAUGCAGCGUCCUCUGGAGCAGCCCCCAUCAAAAAAUGUUCAGCGUGCAAUAAGGAUGCUCCCGUCAAGUAUGAGGUGCAGUUCAAAGAGGAGACCCAUCCUCUUUGCUGUGAACUGUGUGUGGCUUCGUUUCGGUACAGGCAUGGUCUGCAUUCAAAUGUGUGCGAGAACUGUCAUCAGCUGUUUGAUGGCAGCAGCAAUCUUACGGAAGCCAAGGAGGGUCGGACAGUGCUCCAUGAGCUGUCACCGAAGCAGUUCUGCAGCAAAUCGUGUGUUAACCUCUUUGUGCUGUCUCACCGAAAGAUUGUUCCCUGUUCAUGGUGUAAGGUGAAGAAGUACAACUUUGACAUGAUUGAGCGUGUAGGUGAGGCCGGCGCUCAGGGUCAGAUGUUCUGCUCACUCAACUGUCUCAGCUUGCUGAAAGCAAACCAGAGUGCCUCUUCCUCACGAGUCGUGCGGUGUGACCACUGUGGGAAAAUGCAGGGAGCGCAAUACCACUUGACCAUGAGUGAUGCUUCUAUUCGCAACUUUUGUUGUUACAAGUGCGUGCUGAACUUCCAAAGCCAGUUCUCAAAUCUACCUACCCUUACGACUUCCGCACCUACUGCUACCCAAGCUGCAAACCAAGCCGCCACUCAAACAAAAAAUCAGGGGGGCCGCAACUCUACACCCAUCAUCUCGAGCAUCAUGUCCUUGGCACCUAACUCUGCCCACAAUGUGGUGCCUACGACCUUACAGCAAGUGGAUGCGGUCACAGGUUCGGCAAAAAUGCCCAAUCUUACUCCGGUUGUCAAGGUAACGACGAGCAGCAAUGCAACACACUCCGUGGUGAUGAAAGACGUGACUUCACCCACAAUCCUAGCUAAACCGUCUGUGACAGUGACUCCAACAUUAGGAGGACCUCCAGUGGUUGCUAUGUCAUCUGUGGUGGGAAAAGACCAGUUGCCCGUCACAGCACGAGAGAUCAUUGUACAGUUCCCUCCUCCAAAGCUUGUGAAAAACAAGACCAUGCAGUGCAAGCCCGUCACACAGUCUAAGGGUAUCUCGUGCAGGCCGCAUCCUUUUCACAAGGAUACACAAACAGAAGAAAGUGGUGAUGCACCAAAAGCUCUAAAAGGGAUAAUUCCAAUUCCCGUUCCCAUAUAUGUCCCAACACCAAUGCACAUGUACACACAAACAGUGCCCACUCCUAUUCCUUUUCCCAUUCCUAUCCCAGUGCCUAUCUUCAUACCCACAACAAAGGAAACCACUGAUGAAAUCCUGGAAACCAUCAAGCAAAUAAGAGACCACCUGAGAAGUAGUGAAGUCUACGAUCAGGCUCUGUUGAAUAUAGCUCACCUAGUCACGGGUGUCCCAAAAGCUUCAUCACCGAGUGAGCAACAUCAGCAGGAAACUAGCGCAACAGAAGAUUCACCAAAAGAAAGCAGUGUGAACACACAAGAAGUUUGUGAUAGAAAAUUAAAGAGGACUGCUGAUAGUAUGGACAAGGACUCAGAAGCUGGCAGUGAGGAACCACUGAGUAAAAUUCCAUGUGUCUCUGAUGAGGACCCUAUGGACUACCCUGACUACAUUGAACCGGCAAUUUUGGAAUAUCCAUCUGAUCAAGAAAGGGAGGACGAUAUCACGGACUACGACACCUUGAAGAAGGAGUUUGGAGUGGAAUCCUGGUCAAACUGGGUGAAGAAGAAGAACCAAGAUCUAGAAAUGGGGUCGCAAACGGGUUCCCGAAGGCUGAAGUUAUUCAAGACCGAUCUACUGAACAUGACACCUGAAGAGCUUAAUUAUGCUCUUUGCCUUUUCAUCAAGGAAGUUAACCAGCCCUCGGGUGAACCUUACCCUCCAACAUGCAUAUAUGUACAGUGCCUAGGCAUUCAACAGUACUUAUUCGAGAACGAACGACUCGACAAUGUCUUCAGCGAUCCACAGUAUGAGAUGUUUGCAGGUUGUUUGAACAGCCUGUUGUGUAACGUUCUUGAGCGUCCUGCAGAACCUGUCCCCAGGAUCAGUGAAGAAAUGCUGUGGGAGGCCAAGCAGUUGGGAGCACACUCCCCAUCUGUGCUGCUCAACACGAUCAUGUAUUUUAGUGUGAAGCACUUCAAGCUGAAUACAGUGAAAGAGAAUGUCUGCCUGUCCUUCACCAGCAUUUCCAAACAAUGGCAGAAGGUUCCCAAAGCCCGCUCAAUCCGCGUGUUGAGGUAUACAGGAAGAGGGCAAGGUAACAGCUCUGUUAAACCAAAGGAGGAGUGUGAAGACCAGGUAGAAAAUUUGGAGGAUCCUCUGAGGUGUCCCAUCAAGCUCUAUGAAUUCUACCUAUCAAAAUGCCCCGAUACGGUAAAAUGCAGGGAGGACGUGUUCUACAUGCAGCCAGAAAGGUCCUGUCAACCGGAUGGCGCAGUGUGGUACUCCUCACAGCCUUUGGGCGAGGAGGUGAUAGCAAGGAUGCUCACUCGCUUCUGUAUGGUAAAGGAAGUACAAGACAUAAGGAAUUAUCUUUUCAAUGAUAGGUGAUUGGACUUUCAUCACCACCUGCAGAUGCAGGAUGUACACACCAUUCCACAUCAUCGUUUUGACAGGCAUUACAUGUGUCCUUCAUCUUGUUCAAGCUGUUCUCAUGGAGGUGCUUUAGCAAAAUAAAACAAUUUUGAAAUGUGUUA